AUGCCAGGAAAGAAAUCUCCUUCAAAGCCAAGCAUGACCAAAAAAGCUGAGACUCAAAUUUCCAAUCGAGUUGAUGAAGGUGCUGAUAAAUUGCGAAUAACUUCUCAUGAGCGUGCAGGUCUCAUAUUUCCAGUUGGAAGGAUCCUUAGAAUUAUGAAAGAAGGCCGUUUGGCUGAUAGAAUUUCAGACAAAAGCGCUGUUGCUAUCGCAGCUGUGCUAGAGUAUACAGUUUUGAAUUAAUUAUCUAUAAUUUUUUGCUAUUUCAGACCCUUUUUCUCUUUAUAUUAAUACUUUACUUUUUAUUUUUAUGUUAAAUUCAUUUAUUUAUAAUUAUCUAUCAGCUGAAAUCAUAGAAUUGGCUGGAGAUCAAGCCAAAGAAGAGCGAUCAAUGAAAAAACACAUGAUUAAACCCCGCCACAUUACGUUAGCUGUAAGAGCUGAUGAAGAAUUAAGCGAAUUUAUCGGUGAACAAGUAAUAAUUCCUAUGGGCGGAGUUAUUCCACAUAUUCUGCCAGAAAUUGAGAAAAAAACAAAACGCAAAAGAGCUAAAAAAGGUCAAGAUGGAGAAGAGGAAGAAAGUGGGGAUGAAGAAGGUGAAGCUGAAGAUAUGAAAUAA